AUGGCCCUUGUCGAAGCAAGUCGCCUUGCCUGUCUCAAACUACCAGCGGUUCCCGCGAUCGAAAGCCACAACUCCAACAAGGAUGACGAUGACGGCGCCGGUGCCGCGUCGGUCCCCAUCCUCGGCUUCGGCCGAGCCAUUUACAGCGCAGAUACGUCAGGCCCUUCUGAAAUAUCCUGCCGGUCCGCCACGCAAUGCGGCACCUCGCCCGGCACCGGUGAUCCAGCGUACUGUUGCUGCGCCGCCUCGCCCGGCAGCGGUCCAGCAGCCGGUGCUGCUGCCCGCCAUCCCGGUGCGGCGGGCCGUGCCGGCAUCGACGACCACAACGACAAGGACUACAGCCUCACCCGCGGGGACUACAACAACGAGGACAACUACCACGACGGGUAG